GGUAUGCCACCAAAAAAUAAACGUCUUGCAUCUGAACUAGAUUUUUCUAAAACAAGCACACCAAUGAAGCCUUCUAGUAAGCAAAGUAAAUUUCAAGAUGAAGAAGAAGAGAUUUCGUUAAAAUCAAUGUACAAAAUGCUACAGGAUAUGAACAAAAAGCUGGAGAAACUUGGAGACAUAGAGAGACAUCUCGCACGUGUCGACCAGGACAUCAAAGAUCUAAAAAAAUCAUGCGAGUACGCUCACGAGUCUUAUGAAGAACUAAAAAAAGAACAAGAAGAGGAGGGAAAAGCCAUAAGGAAGCUUGAGGAAAGAAUUGACAAAAUAGAGGAGGAAAACAAAAAGCUAAAGGAUGACACCAUUGACCUUCGAGCAAGGUCAAUGAGGAACAAUUUGCUAUUUUAUAAUAUACCCGAAGAAGAGGAUGAGGCCAGAAAUAGCAAAUCGCUUAUAGAAGGAGUGAUCGAGGAUAUUGGCUUAGAUGUCUCACUUAUCGAAAUUGAUCGUGCACAUCGAAUAGGAAAGAAAACAUCGGGUAAGCCAAGACCUAUUGUAAGCAAAUUCUUACGCUACCAAGACAGAGAAGAGGUCCGCAGAAACGCAUACAAGCUAAAAGGCUCCAAAGUAGGGAUUGCAGAACAAUUCCCAAAAGAGAUAGCUGAAAAAAGAAAAGAGCUUUACCCCAUCUACAAGAAGGCAAAAUCUGAGGGGAAAAAAGCGAGAAUGAUAAAAGAUCAACUAUAUGUGGAGGGUCAACGAUACACUGCAGGGCCACCAAGACCAGGAUUAUGGGGAAACGCAAUAUUUCCAUGAACAAGUAUUUGUCCUUCUAAUCAAAACAAUAUCAUAUGAAUUUAAAAGUAUCUUGAUAUUGGAGUAGUACAA